UUGUCGGCGUUCGAUUUUUCGCACAAUCAAUUCUAAAAUAAAAAAAAAUGGAUUCCGCAAAUGUAGAUUCUCUCGUAUCCGCAUUAGAAGGCGCGUCUGUUAGUGGUAGCGGAGUUUCCUUUACAGGAAAAUCGUUAAAAUUAGACACCGAAAAUGACGCCAAGCAAGUCACGAAAGAAGUCGACAACUGCACAAAUCUACAAUUCCUAAACCUCGAGGGCAACACUCUAGGAGUGGACGCUUGCAAAGAAAUCGCCAGAUCGUUGGAAAAGCACCCGGAAUUCAAGCGGGCCUUAUGGAAAGACAUAUUCACGGGCAGGCUGAAAACGGAAAUCCCCCAAGCACUGCAAUAUUUAGGCGAAGGUCUGGUAACAGCCGGAGCCAAACUCACCGAGCUGGACCUCAGCGACAACGCCUUCGGCCCCAUCGGAGUGGAAGGCCUGGCCUCGCUCCUGCGAAGCUCCUCUUGCUUCGCCCUCGAAGAGCUUAAAUUGAAUAACAACGGCUUGGGUAUUACAGGUGGUAAAUUGCUGGCAUCUGCUUUGACCGAUUGUUUCAAUUGCAGCAAGGAAAAUGGAAAACCGUUGGCCUUGAAGGUUUUCAUAGCCGGAAGGAAUCGAUUGGAAAACGACGGAGCAAAAGCUCUUGCUGCUGUCUUUAAGAUGAUCGGCACUUUAGAAGAAAUAGCCAUGCCACAAAACGGAAUCUACCAUCCGGGUAUAUCGGCCUUGUCCGAUGCGUUUACAGUCAACAAAAACUUGCAAAUCCUCAAUCUCAACGAUAACACGAUCGGUCCGAAGGGAGCCGAAGCCAUCGCUUCUGCUAUAGCUAGCAACCAGAAACUGAGAGAAAUCAAUUUCGGAGACUGUUUGCUCAAGACCAAGGGGGCCGUGCUGUUAGCCGGAGCCCUGAAGGACGCCCACUCGAACUUGGAGGAGCUCAAUCUCGGUUUCAACGAGAUAAAGAAAGAGGGCGCCUUGCGCGUGGUGGAAGCGAUGGCGAAUAAAAGCAAAUUGAAGAAGUUGAUACUCGACGGGAAUCAGUUUGGCGAAGAGGGGAAAGAUAUGAUUCAGGAGAAGCUGAAAGAUAUAGGAAAAUUCAAUGUGUUGGGUAGUUUAGAUGAUAACGAGUCUGAAGAGGAAUCCGAAGAAGAAGGAGAAGAUGAAGGAGAAGAUACGGAAGAACAUGGAAGUGAUAACGAGGGAUCAGAAGAUGAACAAGAAGUAAUCUCGAUACCUUCGCCCAUGAAAUUACAAUUUACUGUUAAAGAAUUCCUGGAAGUUCCUAGUUCUAGUAACUUUUUAGCUUUAGGGCCUAAUAGAACGGAAGUUAUUCUAAAAGAAGCGAAGAAUACCAUGGAAGCUUCUAUUGACGAGUACACUAGAAUAGUAAUGAAAGUUUCUGCUCUCAGUACCAAUUUUAAUAAAGAAGUAGCCGAUUCAUCGAUGGAGUGCGCUGAUAAAUUGUACAAAGAUUUGUUCAAUUGGGCUCAGGAAGCCAAUAAAAUAUCCAUCGUUAACAACACUCUUCUCGUUAACCUAGGAUUGAUUAAGAGCGAAGAUAAAAAAUUCAAACCGACUUGGAACCUCGAUGGUUGCCUGAACGUUCUUAAAGCGAUCGUGAGCAAAAAUUACAUUCCGAAAAGUACGAAAGACACGAUAGGGGAAUUUAUGAAGAGGGAGAUCGAAAGUGGCAAAGACUUUUCUGUUAUUAAAAAAGACAUCUUGUCGGCUUUAUCUAAGUGAAAUCUUUUUUAUACUAUUCAAUGUAAUUUAAGUAUUUAUGGUUUUAUUAAACUUGUAAAUAUUU